AAAGAGCCACGGGGCCUUGUGAGUUCCACUCCUUGUUUUCCAUGUGUUCCCGGGGGUUGCAUGGCUCUGCUCGAAAGUUCAGAGACACACACACUCCCUCGGCUCAGAGAUUAAAGGGGCUUGUCUGCAGCACUUGCAACAAGAGCUGCUCACAGUUCGCAACUUGCCCAAGAGGCGGGAUGAGUUGCUUUUUGCAAGUUUAGCAGUCAUGACUUUGGCAAACUGUGUGGAGGUUGUGUGAUUUUUUUUUUUUUCCUUUCCUUGGUCAGCUUGUUUGUACUCUCACCAAGUCGAACAAAGUCUCUUUCGGACACUUAGUGCUUACGCAAGGAUGCAGGUGGAGGCUUUGCUCUGCUCCGACAUUUUUUGAAGUUUGCUCUCGCGUCAAAGGUGAGGGAUUAUGCCUGCAACUGGAAUUUGCUCUUCAAAUUGAGGAAUGCCAAAACUUCCUCGGAGCAUGUGAGUCCCUUUGUCCGUAGCGUGUGAAAGCGUUGGGGUACAGUGCCAUGCUCUUCCUCAGCAGCGGGACGGCGGAUGCUACCACCUACCACAUUUCUGUCACACGAAAGGACACGCCGGGAGAUGACCCGGUGUCCGAGUUAGGAAUGGGCUGGGUGACAGCCUGCGCCCUGGCGGACGGUUGCAAGCCAGGAGACCAGAUCAUGGAAAACGCCGCCAUCCUCGACAAGUGGCCGCCCCCAAGAGCGGGAAGUCUACGCCGAGAGGUGGUGGUGGAGGAGAACGAGGAGGAAGAAGAGGAGGAGGCAAAAAUGAGGAGUGACGGCUUAAUGACACAUCCCUCUAAGAGCUCAGGUAACUCCUCAGACAAGACCGACGCAGACUCGCACAAGUACCACAUCAAUGUCCAUGCCGGAGGACUGUCAUUCGGGGGACAUGGCGCCGUCACAGGGCACACGCUGCCUCGGGCCGUCCUCCGCAGGUACCGUCAGGAUGAGGCCCCGCCAAGCAGGCGGACUAUGAGCAUGUAUGGGGAACCGGCGGAGCAGCAAAGUGAGCCUCAACCGGAUCGACUCAGGAGGCCGAGGAGUGUGUGCAUGCUUUCGGGCCCUGGCGCGGUCCUGGUGGAACAGUGCAAGCAUAACUCCCUGAAGAGGACAGGCGCGGUGGAGGGCAGCCAGCUCUACAGGAGCAGGAAGGCCGAGCUGAGAGUUGUGGACGGCCUCAAUCCGGUCGUGGUUCACCGAGCCCCGGUUCCUGCCCAAGUGAUCCCCGGGGUGCGCCACCGAAGCGGGAAGACCAGGCCUCUCAGCAUGACUGUUCUGGAGCUAAGGAAAAGGGCCUCCGACGACGACAACAUAAGCAGGCAGCAGAGCCACGAUGGAGGAAGCUUCCUAAAAGGAGCCUUUCGUUGGAGGUUAUUUGGUAGAAGCUCUCCGGAUAAGAACAAGGAGAACGACGGGGACAAAUGCGCAAAAUCGUCUUCCAAAUACGUCAAAGCGGAUGCUCCCAAGAGCACACUGAGCUCAUUGAGACGCAGCCUGAGUAUGCGCAUCCGGCGGGCUCGCCCCCGGGACAAAGCCACUCCGGGCUGUGAAGGGGCCAAAGCCGCCGCCGACCCCAUGCCUCCUCAGCCUUUCUCGUACCUCACGGGGAGAACGCUGUCGUCUUCCGGCGAGCGGGUUGUCGACGGGGGUGUCCAAUACAUCCACUAUCGCAGCAGGGGCAAGGUCAAGGUGAUGGAGGUGCCCCUAUGCCCGAGCAAAUUGUCCAAACCGGCUCAGGAGGAGCCCAGCAUUUGGCAGCUCAUAGCCAACCGCUUCAGAAGGAAAGAGCAGCCGGAUAAAUGCGAAUGGAAAGACGCAGGCCGGCAUCAUAAGUCACUGCCUGUCGCCAUAGAGACCCUGGCAGACACAGAGGCUCAGAAAGGUCAAGAUUCUUUUGUCAACAGCCAGGAAUGGACACUGAGCCGGUCUGUGCCAGAGCUGAAAGUGGGAAUUGUGGGGAAUCUGUCCAGCGGCAAGUCGGCCUUAGUCCACCGCUACUUGACGGGGACCUAUGUGCAGGAAGAGUCUCCUGAAGGUGGACGCUUCAAGAAGGAAAUUGUGGUGGACGGGCAAAGCUACCUCCUCCUGAUCAGAGAUGAAGGAGGACCUCCAGAAUUACAGUUUGCCGCCUGGGUGGACGCGGUGGUGUUUGUCUUCAGCCUGGAGGACGAAAUCAGCUUCCAGACGGUCUACAACUACUUCCUGCGUCUGUCCAGCUACAGGAACGCCGCCGAGGUGCCCAUGGUCCUCGUGGGGACACAAGAUGCCAUCAGCGCCGCCAACCCCAGAGUGAUCGACGACUCGCGGGCCAGAAAGUUAUCCAAUGACCUGAAGCGCUGCACGUACUACGAGACCUGCUCCACUUAUGGCCUCAAUGUGGAAAGAGUCUUUCAAGAUGUGGCCCAGAAGGUGGUGGCCAUGAGGAAAAAGCAGCAGCUCUCCAUCGGCCCGUGCAAGUCUCUGCCCAACUCGCCCAGCCACUCGUCAGUCCCCGCGGCGUCCAUCCCCUCCGUUCACAUUAAUCAGGCGGCCAACGGCGGCUGCGCGUUCAGCGACUACUCCUCCUCGGUCCCCUCCACCCCCAGCAUAAGCCAGCGAGAGAUGCGCAUCGAGACCAUCGCUGCCUCCAACACGCCCACGCCUAUUCGCAAGCAGUCCAAGCGCCGCUCCAACAUUUUCACAUCUCGGAAAGCCAGCGAGCAGUCAAAGAGCGUUGAGAGUAAGACAGACAGCAUAGGCAGUGGAAGGGCCAUUCCGAUCAAACAGGGAAUCCUCCUGAAGCGAAGUGGCAAAUCCCUCAACAAGGAGUGGAAGAAGAAGUACGUCACGCUGUGCGAUAACGGCGUCCUCACUUAUCACCCUAGCUUACACGACUACAUGCAGAAUGUGCACGGAAAGGAGAUCGACCUGCUGCGGACGACGGUCAAGGUGCCCGGCAAGCGACCGCCGAGGGCGGUAGCCACCACUGUCGCCCCCACCGCUAGCCCCAAAACCAACGGGAUGACCAAGGACCGCAGCGCCCUGCAACUGGGCAUCGGGAACACAGGCGCUCCGCACUCCAACAGCAGCUCGUCCCUGCAGACGGGCGCCUCCUUGUUUGGCGGCAGCAAGGACGGAAUGCACCAGCGUUCCUUCUCCGUUUCCAGCGCCGACCAGUGGAAUGACGCCAUCAACACCAGUACGAGCAGCGCGGCCCCUAACGGAACGAGUGACCCGGCCAGUUGCAGCGCGGGCAGCGCCACGAGUCCCAAGCUUGACCCGCCUCCCUCGCCGCACGCCAACCGCAAGAAACACAGGCGGAAAAAGAGCACGGGCAUCACCAAGCCCGACGGUCUAUCGGCGGGAAAUGAAGAACAAGAGGAUUCCUUUGAGUUCGUCAUCGUGUCGCUGACCGGUCAAACGUGGAACUUUGAGGCAUCCACGUACGAGGAGCGCGAGCUCUGGGUGCAAGCCAUCGAGAGUCAAAUUUUUGCCAGCCUGCAGUCGUGCGAGAGCAUAAAAAAUAAGUCGCGAUUAGGCAGCCAGAGCGACGCCAUGGCCAUCCAGUCCAUACGCAACGUGAGGGGCAACAGCUUCUGCGUGGACUGCGAUGCACCCAAUCCCGACUGGGCCAGUCUUAACCUGGGCGCCCUGAUGUGCAUCGAGUGCUCAGGCAUCCACAGGAACCUGGGCACCCACCUGUCGCGCGUGCGCUCCCUGGACCUGGACGACUGGCCCGUGGAGCUCAGCAUGGUGAUGACGGCCAUCGGCAACUCCAUGGCCAACAGCGUGUGGGAAGGCGCCCUGGAGGGCUACAGCAGGCCGGCCAGCGACAGCAGCAGGGAGGAGAAGGAGCGCUGGAUCCGAGCCAAGUACGAGCAGAAAAUGUUCCUCGUGGGGCUGCCCCAGUCGGACGUACCCCUGGGCCAGCAGCUGCUGCGGGCGGUGGUGGAGGACGACCUAAGGCUGGUGGUGGUGCUGCUGGCCCACGGCACCAAGGAGGAGGUCAACGAGACGUACGGGGACGGCGACGGGCGCACGGCGCUGCACCUCUCGUGCGCCAUGGCCAACGUGGUGAUCACGCAGCUGCUUAUCUGGUACGGCGUGGACGUGAACUGUCGCGACGCCCGCGGCCAGACGCCGCUUUCGUACGGCCGGCGAGCCGGCAGUCAGGAGUGCGCCGACAUCUUGCUCCAGCACGGCUGCCCCAACGACGCCGGCGGCCCCGCGUCGGCGCCGUCCAACAUAAGCAACCGCAACGCCAACCCCAACAUCAACAACAACGCCCAGUGUGAGCUCAACCGCAGCAUCAGCAUCAUGUAGAACCCCCCCGCCCCGCCCCACCCCUCCCACUGCCUAGCCAAGAUGGCUCCAUGUCAGGAUGGGAUAGAAAAGAGUUUAUUUUUACCCUUUUAAUUGAUGGUCUGAGAUGAUUAUGAUAAGCUUUAAAUUUCUUUUUUCCAUAUCAGUGAAUUACUGCCCCCACCCCCUCAAAAAGUGACGAUGGGAAAAACAGUUUAGAAAUUUUCCAUCGUUUUUUUUUUCGUUUUUCAAAUUGCCCGACUCAAACACCCUUAUGUUGCUCUCCCCUUGCCACUUUCAAUUAAAGUUUGCAGCACGAAUGAAAAGGUUUCACUUCCAGGCUAUAUAAAAAAAAUAAAAAAAAAGUGGGACAAAUCGCUCUGCAAAACGUGUUACGACGAUUGUCUUUGAUCUGCUAUACACGGACGCCGACAAAGCAAUUUGGAGUCAAAGCGAGCAAGUGAUGGCGACAUAAAGGAGGUGAUUGCAGGUGCUCCUCCAGCAGUGUUGUGUGACUGUGGAGCCUCUUCAAUCACAAUUCAUUCACGUCCGUUCAAAGCGUGACAAUUGCACCAUUACCACGUCUUUGUGGGAAUAAGAUCUCGCUUGCGUCGACCGUCGGUUGACAUCAAAUUUCAAAUAAUCCUCAUCCAUCCAUCUUUACUGAUCUGCUGUGCUUGGCGUGAUCGCCAAACGUUCACGCUGGCUGCUGUAAAAAGUCGUCCUCAUCAUCUUUGCGUCCUGAUCACCCGUCAGUCCGAACGUGAUGCGUUCAAGGGACCGAUGAGACUUGAAGAUUAUCAGAUCAAAUGUGUCGAUUGAAUCGCUACUGUGACCGCAUUUGCCCUUUUAUUAACUUCAUGAAAUUUUGAAACCAUUUAAAGUUUUUUUAGCAUGAUGAUUGUGUUUGUCGACAAACUUUUUCACGUGGAACUUUCAGCCUCAUUUGCAGUAUUCUCAAUUAUGUUUUUUUGGUCAUUCGGGCAAAUUAUUUAUUCACUGAGAAUGGAAAAAAGUGAGUAAAUAAUAUUUCUAAAAGCUUCCAUCCUGUAUACAUCUGAUCAAUAUUGCGUUUGUGGAAUAUGAAUUAAGCAGCUAAAUUCACCCGUUUUUAGUCCAUCUCAGGGGGCGGCCAUUUUGCCACUUGACUGAAUAUGACAUCACGGCUUUUCGGGAAUGGCGAAAUGGCCGCCCCCUGAGAAGAAUCAAAACCAGUAGAUUUAACUGUGUAAUUCAUGUUCCACCAACGCAAUAUUAAUCAGAAUGCCGUGUUUGGACUAGCCGGCCUAUUGUAAGGAAAAUGUUUGACUUGACUUUCCCUUUCAUUUUUUGUAUAAUUUACGACGAAAUUAUUUUUGGGAAAGUAAUGUAACAUCCCUGUCUGAUGAAAAACACGCAUCUCCAAAAUGUUUAUUUAUAUAUAUUUUUCUGUUUUCAUCCCAAAACAAUUUUUGAACUGUACUAGCCAUUUCAUCAUAAUUUAUUGGCUCUCUGUUUCCUUCACGUUCUUAUCGUGAAUAUUUUAUUCCAAUUUAUUUCGUUUGUUUUUCCCCUAACAAUCUUUACGAAUGGACACCUUGACUUUUUUAUUCUUUUUUUUCUCUUCUUACAAAAACAAUUUCAGAACUGAACUUUUUUUUUUUUUUUUUCUUCUUCAUAAACGGAGAUACUUGCUUUUUGUUAGACAGCGGUGAUGAACGUGGCUCCUUGCGCUCUUCUGUAUCUAACAUGCCGAGCAGGAGAGACUCGCUCUAAGUUUGCCUUUCCUGUUCAUCCGGCACGCCUUGUCCAGAAAAAUCAAGCUGACCAACCACUGCAUUGUAGAUGUACCGUAACCAUGUACUGUAAUCCUGGCCGCCUUAUUGACUCGAUGGAGCCGCCUUGACGUGUUUGAAACGGUAUCGAUGCCAACAGAAGAGUAGAGAAGCCCUCAGCGCAACAUGAAGUCUUGUACAUAUUAGUCGCAAUAUUCGAGAAAUGACGACGAGAACCGCUUUUGGGUCAAAAAGCCUCUUGAACCACAAGCCAUAUUUUUUGGAUAUGUUGCUAUUUUUCUUGUUGUUUCUCCAUUAUUAUUUUUAUUAUUAUUAUUAUUAUUAUGGUACUCGCAUUUGGUCACAGCAUGACCAUCUUUGGUACUUGUGUAUAAAUGAUGUACAUUUGACAUAUUUAUAAUGCAGUAUGUAAAUAUUUUUAUUUGGGGUUGAUUUCUCGUAUCCGUAUUUUCCUUUUUACGUUGAGGAGGUGCGGCGAAGAAGCUGAAGAGUAACUUGUUUGUGUGCUUGGCUGGCUGUUGACCCAUUAAUAAACAUUCAAUAAAACCAUGUAGCCUUCCCCUCUUGCGGGGAAAACCGAA